AUGGCGAGGACCAAAGCUCAGGACUUGCAAUUACGACAAGAUCUUGAGCAAUCUCGUGAAGACACAGCUACAGCGGUCAUGGCUCAGCAACAGUUGCAAAGCCAGAUAGAUGAACUUGAACACAGAUUGACUGGGGCAGACGAUACCGUUCGACAGCUCAAAGAGACCUUGAAGGCCCUGGGCGAGGCUACGGCAGAGCUGGAGUAUCUAAGAAAGCGACAGUCCUCUCUGGAGCACCUCAAAGAGGAGUCUGCAUCUCAGAUCCAGCAGAUUGCGAACAAGUCCAAGGAUAUUGAAACCCUCCAGAAACAGCUCAAGAGCCUGCGAAUUAGAUCUACCGUUCUCGAAGAACAGGCGAGAGAAAAGGACCAAUUCGCCGAGGAAAACGCUGGCCUCCACAAUGACUUGAAGGACUUGAGGGCACAGAUUUCUGAGAACAAGGACCUACAGGAGAAACUCCAGCAAAAAAUCACCAAGAUUGCUGUACUCGAAUCUGCUCUCGCUGCUGCUCAGAUUCAAGUGGCACAACUCGGCGAGCUAGAAAGAGAAAACUUUUCCCUCAAGGAGACCAUCAAGGCUGUUACAACGGACCUUGAACGGUCGAAGGAGCAGUGCGCUCAGAUUGCUCUCUUGCAGGAGACCAUCACACGGCGAGAGAGUCAAAUCACCGAACUGAGAAAGGACUUGGCGUCGUUCAGCAACCAAGCCGAAGAACUCAAGGUUCUUCGAGCCCAAGCUCAUGAGAAAGAGGAGCGGUCAGCAGCCAUACAACAGCAAAUCCUUACUCUCGAAGGCGCCGAGCCUAACGGCAAACUUGAUGGUGAUGAGGCAGAACCCAGUCAGCCGCAACGCCGAGUUGCAGAUCGUUCCGGAGGUGCAGAAGACUCCCAUCACAACCAAUCACUCCACACACAUCCGAGUUCCAAUGGAGGCAAUGUUCAAUAUCUCGUUGGCAACAGUGCUUUGCCCUUGAGUCAGUCGGAUUCAGUAAUUGCUGCCAUACAAAUUAUACCCGAGACACAGCUUGAAGUCCAACAGUCCCUACAAGUGAAUUCAGAUAGCCUUAUACUAUCUGCAAGCCAGGGCCAGGAAGAUAGUGCCUCAGGCCUUACUCCAGUUCCGAGUGAUCACGGGGAGGCUGAUCUCGACGACGUGGUUAACCAAGGCUUUGAUCCCAGUAUGAGGCAGUACAACCGUGGUGAAACGCAAGUCGGGCCGAGGGGACGUAGCGGGAUCAACCGCCACGAGGAGACUGCUGAGCGGCCCCCGUCCAGCUCAUACGGGUCGCUGAGUGAACAAAUGCUUCUAGAUCAAGUCAGCGAACGUGGGUCUGAAGGUCCCGGCAGUAUCGACACCGUUCAGAUGCAACCGACCUUUGCCAUGCCUGGAAAUAGGGUAAUGGUGAAGCAAGGACCGAGUCCCAGGAGAUUGAGAAGCGAACUUCGAGGUUACAGUCAUCGGUCCACUGCUUCUCCUGGCCCUAGCGUCGAGUUUCGAGGCAGUCGAGCAUCUACACCUGUCAUCACACGUGAGCGUGAGAGACAUCGACCCAAUUCGGCGGCCAAACGUCGAGUAGAGCCCGAGAAUGAUGAGGUCAAAACUCCUACAGAGCACCCCAAGCGUCUCAAGCGAACAGCUGCCAACCUCGAGGCGGGGAAGUUACAGCCCACCACCCCGAAGCAGAGAGUGGAAAAGUCUUCAUCCCGAGGUGCCGUCAGUUUCCGCAAGAGCAGCGGUGGUGGUAGCAAUUGCAGCAGCAUCGUGGGAACGAAUGCUCCGGGCCCUGGUAAGAGUAAGGGAUCGAAUAGACCUGCUCGAAAAGGUUCUCGGCAAGACAAGUACGCCACGCGGUUCGGCACUGAGACUUGA